GUAUGUUCAUAUUUGGAAAAAUGUUGUUCUUCGACACCAGUAGAACGCGCUGAAGUCCAUUCCAAGUUGGAAAAAAGGAGGUAGGGAGUGCGUCAAAUUGAUUGAACGGUUAAGAUAGGGAAGCUCCCGGCUUUAACUAUUUACAUCCAGUGGGCUAUGUCUGUACUCUCUGUAGUUACAACCUUGCUCUUGUUGUUGUGUAGGAAUAAGACCAGGUUUUGUUUUUUCUCUUAAGUUAUUUGAAUUGCGAUAAAAUGGCGGAUGUUGAGUGUCGAACGGAGAGAAGAAAUCGACCGGGGACAAAGACUGUUGAAUAUUAUCGUUGGCCCGAAGAAAUGUUUGAAGAAAUGGACAGUACCUUGGCCGUCCAGCAAUAUAUUCAACAACUUAUUCGUAAGGAUUUCACUGCAAUUGAUGAAAUCCUUAAAGCCCCAGAUUCUCAAGACGAAGGUGUUUGGAAAUAUGAACAUCUAAGACAGUUCUGCAUGGAGUUAAAUGGUAUAGCAGUUAAACUUCAAAAUGAGUGCCAUCCCGAAUCAUGUACACAAAUGACUGCAACUGACCAAUGGAUAUUUUUGUGUGCUGCACAUAAAACUCCAAAAGAAUGCCCUGCAAUUGAUUAUACGAGACAUACUUUAGAUGGUGCUGCCUGUCUCUUAAACAGUAACAAAUAUUUUCCUAGCCGCAUAAGUAUCAAAGAAUCUUCUGUGGCCAAACUGGGAUCAGUGUGUCGUCGAGUAUACAGAAUUUUUUCUCAUGCUUAUUUUCAUCACCGUAAUCUUUUUGAUGAAUUCGAGUUAUUUUCAUCGCAGAAUGAGACUUUCCUUUGUCGGCGUUUCACCGAGUUUGUAACAAAGUAUAACCUCAUGUCGAAAGAAAUAUUGAUUGUGCCGAUUUUCGAGGAAGUUGAUACUAGUAGUUUUAUAGGACAUGCGGCAGAGUCUGAAGCAUAAGCUAGAGUGGACGAAAGUGUCUGAGGGGUUGAUAGUGAAUGGAACUUGCACCCCAUGUGGCAUGUCAUGUCUAAUAAAUUUUUGUUUUUGUGACAAGUUCUAAAUGUGUACUACACAACUGUUUAUUUCAUGA